GCAGUUAAAAUUAUUAUAAGAAAUGUGAAUGAAUGAACAAUGGCUGCUGGACCGGUAAUGAAAGAUGUAGAGCGGCUAAUCUCACGGUGCGAGGAGAUACUGGGAGACAAACUUAAGAUAAGAGGACAGGAAUGGCGCAUUGUAAAGUAUGUAGAAACAUUGACAAGUCGAAUAAAUGAAUUAGAAAAUACUAGUAGUUUAUCACAAGUUUGUUUGGAUCAGUUAAUUAGUUUCAAGGGACGUCUCACAAUAUUACAAGAAGUAGCGAAUGAAAUAAAAGACAAACUAGAGAGAAAGAAAAACGAAGAAACUUCAUCAGCUCCUCACGACUCACAUCUGACCUCUUCCUCUACCACUGAUGUACCCAAUCAACGGAUCCUUAACGACACCACCAUGAGAGGGAGUGGCCUGCUAAGACGUUCAGCUACCAAGAGCUCUCAAGCCAUGAGAGAAGAACUGUUCAGUCGACAAGAGUCCUUAAAGUCAAGCAGCACUUCAAAGACACUGAACGAGAGAGAGAUGAUGCAAGCAAUGGCUGACCAUGAGAAGCAGCAGGAGAGGAUAGCCCAGGAUAUGAUUGAACUGAGCAGAUCAUUAAAGCAACAGUCACUGGCAGCAAGAGACAUCAUUAAGAGUGACACAAAAGUUCUAAAGAAGACUUCAAUUUCAGCUGAAGACAAUAUAAGUGGAAUGACACAGGAAACUGACAGACUGAAAGAAAAGAGCAAGGGUUGCUCCUGCUGGGUAUGGAUGAUGCUGAUAAUAGUGUUCAUUGUCUUCAUUCAAAUGAUAAUGUUUAUCAGACUCUAUCCUAAGAGAAGAUAGUUGUUAUUAAAAACAAACAAAACACAUUAAAAUUGAUGUCUUUCAUCAUUAAUUUAUACAAUGUAAAUAAUGUAAUUAUGUUCACAAAUAAAAAGA